AAACGAAGAGGAGGGGAAUGCAAGGGAGGAGGAGGGAGAACGAAAGGAAAGCGAUGAAGGGAGUGAUUGCGCGGUGCCACACACUUGAAUCUCAGUCUCCCUUGGAGACAGUGCAUGACAGUGCAACAGUAGUCUCCACUCCACAGCACUUCUACUGAGCUCCAGCACUGUCCAGAGAGAAAGAGAGACAGCAUCUGAGUAAGAGACAGUGAGGGGGUUAGCUCAACUGAUUGAGAACGAGGGAGAAAUAAAUAAAUAAGGAGAUAUAAACAUCAAUAGACAUUUAGAUAGAAGAGACUGAUAGAGAGCCGUCUGUGGAGGAGCCAGGAGCCUGGGAAUGCAGAGGGAUUGCAGGAGGAGCUGCUGAGUGUAGCAGCAGUCCAGGCAGGCAGACAGACACACACACAUCCCAGGGAGGGACUGUUGGCUCUGCCUCUAGUGGAGGAUGAAGAAGCACUCGGCCAGAGUGGCUCCUCUCAGCUCCUACAGCUCCCAGGUCCUCACCUGCCCCAUCUCCGAAGGAGAGGAGGGUUCUGAGUCUCGUGCAGACACCCCAGGCAGCGAGGCCAGUGGAGAGGGGACAUCGUACCAGACGUGUGCUAACACAGUGCUGAAGGUGCUGGGGGGCCUCCUAUUGGUCCUAUGUGUGUCCUCCUCCUGGGUGGGCACCACUCAGCUGGUCCAGCUCACCUUCAAGUCCUUCUCCUGCCCCUUCUUCGUCUCCUGGUUCAGCACCAACUGGAACAUCCUCCUCUUCCCUCUCUACUACGGAGGCCAUGUGGUCACCACCCGGGACAAGCAAACGCCUAUACAGAAAUUCAGAGAAUGCAGCAGGCUUUUCGGGGAAGAUGGGAUGACACUCAAGCUGUUCCUGAAGAGGACAGCCCCCUUCUCCAUCCUGUGGACCCUGACUAACUACCUGUACCUGCUGGCCCUGAGGAAGCUGACUGCCACUGACGUCUCAGCCCUCUACUGCUGCCACAAGGCCUUCGUCUUCCUGCUGUCAUGGAUCGUCCUGAAGGACCGCUUCAUGGGUGUACGGAUUGUGGCAGCCAUAAUGGCCAUCACAGGCAUUGUCAUGAUGGCAUACGCAGAUGGUUUCCAUGGGGACUCCAUCAUAGGUGUGGCCUUGGCUGUGGGCUCUGCCUCCACAUCGGCUCUCUACAAGGUGCUGUUUAAGAUGUUCCUGGGCAGUGCCAGCCUGGGUGAGGUGGCUCACUUCCUCUCCACCAUGGGUGUCUUCAAUCUCAUCUUCAUCUCCUUCAUCCCCCUCAUCCUCUACUUCACCAAAGUGGAGCACUGGGGCUCUCUGUCCUCACUGCCCUGGGGAUACCUGUGUGGCCUGGCUGGGCUCUGGCUUGUGUUCAAUAUCCUGGUUAAUGUUGGUGUGGUGCUUACCUACCCCAUCCUCAUCUCUAUAGGGACACUGCUCAGUGUGCCCGGCAAUGCAGCGGUAGAUGUGUUGAAACAUGAGGUUAUCUUCAGUGUGGUGCGUCUGGCUGCCACCUGCAUCAUCUGCCUGGGCUUCCUGCUGCUGCUGCUUCCUGAGGAGUGGGACUCCGUCACUCUGCGCUUCCUCGCCGCCUUCGCAGACAAGAAGUCUGAGGAGCAUGGCGAGGAGCUGACCGAGUCCAGCAUCCACACGCGCAGCCGCAGCCGAGCCAAUGGCACAGUCUCAAUCCCUAUGGCAUGAUCCCAUGAUCCUCCACUGCCCCGUCCCAUCACCAACCCCCAUUCUCACACGUUUCUACAUGUCCCAUCUGGGAAGCGUGGCGAGAUGACUCUGGUGCUGACUUACAGACCAGGAAGUCCAAAAUCAGGAGAACAGGAUGUGUAACUCUCACUGAGAGAAACUAUCACAGUUCUGUCACUUUCCCCAGGAACUACUGGGGAGUGAAAAUAGAACAUUUACUGCUGAGUUUGGUGAGCAGAAAGUUGGAAAGUGUUAUUUACUUUCUUGAAUUCCUUGCCACGCCCAGUUUUGCCCGUCACAUGCCCCUAGACCAGUGUUUCUCAACUUUGGUCCUCCAAUACCCCCACAGUACAUAUUUUUGUUGUGACCCCGGACAAGCACAUCUAAUCAUCUAGCACUUGCCAAAUUGUAUCAGUUGUUUUUAUCCGAGGCUACAACAAAAAUAUGUGCUGUUGGGGGCACUGAAGGACCGGAGUUGGGAAACACUAGCCUAGACCACGUAAGCUCAACCUUGAACCUGCUACACGGACUGUAUUCUGUGAAUAUAAAUAUGGAAUGGGCCAGUUUGGCUCAAUCUUAUAUGUAUUUAUUGAAUUUACUCAGAGGUGUAUCAGUAUAGUAUUUACAUUUUACUUCUUAUAUAGAAUUAUGUACAGGAAUGGGUUGGGAAAUACAGUUCCUUUAGAAAGUGUUUUUUUCCCACAUUUCGUGUUGCACCCUGAUUAUAAUUACAUUUAGAUGUUUUUGUCACGAGCCUACACACAAUACUCCAUAAUGUCAAAGUGGAAUUAUGUUUUUUUUGUUUUUUAAAUUUACAAAUGAAUUGAAAAUGAAAAGCUGAAAUGUCUUGAGUCAAUAAGUAUUCAACCCCUUUGUUAUGGCAAACCUAAAUAAGUUCAGGAGUAAAAGUGUGCUUAAACAAGUCACAAAAUAAGUUGCAUGGUCUCACUCUUUGUGCAAUAAUAGUGUUUAACAUUAUUUUUUUAAAGACUACCUAAUAUCUGUACCUCACACAUACAAUUAUCUGUAAGUUCCCUCUGUCGAGCACUGAAUUUCAAACACAGAUUCAACCACAAAGACCAGGGAGGCUUUCCAAUUGCUCGAAAAGAAGGUAGAUGGGUGAAUAUCCCUGUGAUAAUGAAGUUAUUCAUUAGACUUUGGAUGGUGUAUCAAUACACCCAGCCACUAUAAAGAUACAGAUGUCCUUCCUAACUCAGUUGUCAGAGAGGAAGGAAACAGCUUAGGGAUUUCAUCAUGAGGCCAAUAGUGACUU